AGAGAGAGAGAGAGAGAGAGAGAGAGAGAGAGAGAGAGAGAGGAAGAGGAGAGGAGGAGGGGGGAGAGAGGGAGAGGGAGAGAGAGAGAGAGGAGAGAGAGGAGGCGGCGAGGGAAGAGGGAGCGGGAGCGCGGAGCCUCGGGGCUGCUCCGAAGCCGGCGGAGCCUCUCGGACAGCGGCCGGGCGCGGGCCCCAGCAGCGCGCGUGGUUGGAGGAGACGCCGCGGCGGCCGCCGCCCGAGCUCGGCCUCGCGCGCCCCUUGCCGCCGGCUCGCCGGUGCGGCCCCGGGACGCCGCUGCCCGCUCGGCGGCCGGGAUGCAGCCCGGGCAUGGCCGCCGGGGCCCCGUCACCUGCCGCGGGGAGCGCUGAGCCCGUGGAGAGCCUGCCCUGAGAACCUAGUGCUCUUCCCAGCAACCUUGCUCCCCCCAGGCGAGUUCCCGGAAGAACCUGCGGGCCUCCCUGCCUCAGCAAAGCAGCCCUCGCCUCCCCGGCCAGCGUGAAGUCAGAACCACUGGAGGAAACCCUGCCGGCCUCCCAGCGAGCUGGUCUGCAGGCCCUUCGGUGGGAACCUGUCCCAGGAGCGGCCACUUCUGCAAACAGAGCGCCCAGAGUGCCUUGGGGAAGAUUGGCUGGAUAAAAGGGUAAUCAGGACGCCACGGCUCCGCCUGAAGCGAUGGCCCAGCCCUAUCCCCCUGCCCAGUACCCUCCUCCUCCGCAGAACGGCAUCCCCGCUGAGUACGCCCCGCCCCCGCCGCACCCCACGCAGGACUACUCGGGCCAGACCCCAGUGCCCCCAGAGCAUGGCAUGACCCUGUACACACCAGCACAGACCCACCCAGAGCAGCCGGGCACAGAGGCCAGCACACAGCCCAUCGCUGGGACCCAGACAGUGCCGACAGACGAGGCGGCACAGACCGACAGCCAGCCACUGCACCCCUCCGACCCCACAGAGAAGCAGCAACCCAAGAGGCUACAUGUCUCCAACAUCCCUUUCCGGUUCAGGGACCCCGACCUGCGGCAAAUGUUCGGGCAAUUCGGGAAAAUUCUAGACGUGGAGAUCAUUUUUAACGAGCGGGGCUCCAAGGGUUUUGGGUUUGUAACUUUUGAAACUAGCUCAGAUGCUGACCGAGCCCGGGAGAAGCUGAAUGGGACGAUCGUAGAGGGACGAAAAAUUGAGGUCAAUAAUGCCACAGCCAGAGUCAUGACUAACAAGAAGACUGGGAAUCCCUACACCAACGGCUGGAAGCUCAACCCGGUGGUAGGCGCAGUCUACGGACCUGAGUUCUAUGCAGUGACGGGCUUCCCCUACCCCACCACGGGCACAGCCGUUGCCUACCGGGGCGCGCACCUACGGGGCCGGGGCAGGGCCGUGUAUAACACGUUUCGGGCUGCGCCGCCUCCGCCCCCAAUCCCGACUUACGGAGCGGCACUGGAGCAAACGCUUGUUAAAAUGCCAGUCCCGUGGGCGGGGCUGGCACCGUGCCCCCUCCCUCCUCAGCAGACACCGGAGCCGGCCUACCCCACCUCUCCAGCGUUCCCACCACUCUCUUGUCCGUUUGCUUCCAGGGUCGUGUAUCAGGAUGGAUUUUAUGGUGCUGAGAUUUAUGGAGGCUACGCAGCCUACAGAUAUGCUCAGCCAGCAGCAGCAGCAGCCUACAGUGACAGUUACGGCAGAGUCUACGCAGCUGCUGACCCCUACCAUCACACCAUUGGCCCUGCAGCGACCUACAGCAUCGGAACCAUGGCUAGCCUCUGCCGAGGAGGGUACAGCCGCUUCACCCCCUACUAGCAAGAGACCCGCCCCUAACAGCAUUCACACUACUGCCUAUUCCAAACCAAACCCUACAGCCCACACACCAGGCACAGCCACCAGGAGGACAGUGCGCCCCUCCCGGUCAGCGACUGCGCCGCUGGCCCUCCGCGACUCUAAAGCCCAUAGAUUUUACCUCCAGCCAGCUGGGCUCCCCACCCCGCCCAUGACGGUGUGUGUGUCUUUGACCUGGUUUUCCGUAUGUCUGAACCUUGGUUCCUAUCUUGACUUUGUUGAUGUUGUGCUGCCCAAGCCACUGCAGGUACAGUAUGCACACGGCGGGGGCCAGGCUGGGGAGCACAGGCAGCCCCACCACUAGCAGUAGCACCCCCGGACUGCUCAGGCAGCCCCCCUCCACAGAGCUCCGGACACACCGGGUCAGGCCUCCCCGCAGCUGCCAAGCCAGCCCCCUGCACAGCCAGCCUCCCCCAGGAUCUCCCGGCUCCUGCCGCCUACACCCUCCCUGCCCCCACUCACUGAAGCUGAUGUUUCUAAUUAAAUUUCUAAUGAUGACAUCGUCACAGCACAUUGCUCCGUGUGCAGGCUACCUACACCACACCACACCCGGGACUCCUCAGUGCUGCCCUGAGGAAUGGAGAUGUAGAGUACUGUCCCCACCCCCAGGCCCAGGGCCGCCUUCCACUGAGCCCGGAGGCCUCCAGGCCUGGUGCCUGGGAUAGAGCAGGUCCCCUGCCCUGCUCCAUAGGUGGCGCUUUAGCGCUGCAGUGGGCCGGUCGGCUGGCUCUGAGUGUCUGUCCCUGAGCUGCGGCACCAUCCGCAGGCCCCCACGUGCUCUUGUAUCAGGGUCCAUCCAGAGGGGAGGUCCCACCAGAGGCAGGCAAGGAGCACAGUGGCCCCUCCACAGGCCUCCCGGCCACACCAGCUCACUAGGACUGUGUGCAUGGCUCUGUGGCCUGUAGGGACCCAUCUCGCCCCCUGCAGGGUGUCCUGGGGAUGCAGGCUGGGCCUGGGGUCAGGCAGAGAGAGUCUAGGGAGCUGGGUAGAGGUGGCCCAGACAGGAGAGGGCUGUGCCAGGCGUUGGCCCCAGGCCACAUGUCUGCACCUCCCAGGAGGGAGCAGCGCCUCCCUCUGGACAUGCCGGGCUGCAGGGCUGCCAGGAUGCGGGGCUCACCUGGCCCUCUCCGAGGGGCACCCUGCCCCACUCUCCUCCCACUCUGCCUUCCCACCCAGGUGCCCUUGCGCUGCCUCCGCCCGCUCCAUCACACCUGCUGUGGCCAGUGCCCUGCCUGGCAGCCAGGCCUGGCCUGGGCCUCCACGUCACAGCUCCCAGGCUGCGCCUCCCCUCCCACAGCCCUGUCCUGGUCCCCGCACACCCACCAGCAGCCCGCCCCACCCCAGGAGAAGCCUGCUUAGGUCUAGCGUGCAGGAGGGUGGGGGCCGGGCGGGUGCUGGGCCUCCAGCCUGGCUGCUCCUGAGAAACCCAAGUGCCGCC